GAAGGUAUUAUUGUGUCACAAUGCAGUUGAUCAGUGUGAUGUCGAAACUCUUUGAAGACUACAAGAAAACAACGUCAUCGAAAUUGAAAAUUAUUGACGCGUACAUGUUCUACGUAUUUCUAACGGGUGUCAUCCAGUUUGUGUACUGUGUAUUGGUUGGUACGUUCCCGUUCAACUCUUUCCUCUCAGGGUUUAUCUCAACAAUUGGAUGCUUUGUUCUCGCAGGUUAA